UCACCCACAGUCUGUGUCUGGGAGGAGCCGCCAGAGUUUCCCUUCGCGCGAAGUGUGGUCCCAACUCACAGAACUGAAGCCGCCCACCACUCACCCGGGCCGCCCCCUGCUGGCGGGGAUCGCGGCCUCGAGCCCUUCCACCUCGCGGGCGUCCGACCCCGUCCCCGUCCCCGCCGCCCCGGCCCCGGGCCCCGCACUCACCGCCCGGCCGGGCCCCGCGGGAUGAGCGCGCCGAGGCGGGCGCCGGCCGCUCCGGGCUCGGGAUCUGCGCGCGCGGCCUCGCCCCCCCUCCCCGCCCCCGGGAGGUGGGUCCCGCGGAGCCGCAGCUGUUACCCGGAGACCGCGGGGCGGAAAACUGCGCUCGCUGCCCGCCCCUCCCGCCGCGGCGCUGCCACCGCCGGGAACAAAGGAGACAAAGCCGCGUCGGCCGGGCCGGGCUCCGCUCCUUCCCCCCUCACCCGCCCGCCGCCCCGGCCAGGCCGGAAGCAGCCGGGAAAGCCGGGCGCGCGGCCUCGAAACGCCCGGGACUCCGCAUUCCAGCCCCGAGGGAACGGCAUUUGCCAAGGGAGGGGGUUCACCCCUCCCUCCUGGGGGGGCGGGGUGCGGGCAGGCUGCUCGGCGGCGGUAGCCAUGACAAUGCGGACUGCGUCCCCGUGGGGGUGAAGAGUGGAGCCGGCAGAACCCGCCGCCUCGCCCCGCCCCGCCCCCGCCGGGCCUCACCUGCGCGCCGCGCUG